AGGAUAACUAGGAUGUGCGAAGCAUAAACACUCCCGUCUCCAAACUGUGGAAAUCACAUCCAAGACUGCACGAUGAGAGUAAUCGGAGUGUUUCUCACCGCUCUCCUAGCCUUUGCAUUUGCCGAUAUGGCCACUGCUUCCUUACCCCUACAGAAUCCUCACUGUGAGGAUUUCCCUCUGGCUCCUAUCUGCACUAAGGAGUACAUACCAGUGUGUGGCACGGAUGGGAACACCUAUUCCACCCGCUGUGUGCUGUGCAGUCUCAUCAA